AUGGCAACUAACGACGUUUUAUUCAACGAAGCAGACGUUAACGGCGAUGGAUUCUUGUCCGAAAAUGAAUUUCGAAGUUUUUUAUCACGAAAUUCUGGAGCGAAUAUCGAUGUUGGUAAUCUCUCUGUCGGUAGUGAUUUUAAUAAUUCAAGAACUGGCAGUCCCCCCUAUGGUUCAUCAGCAUAUCGAUCAACCAUGUACGAAACAGGCACAAGCAGCAACAGUGUGAACGGUGAUAUCAACUAUGCUGGAGGUGACUUCGUUGGUACGAAUUAUGGUUCAUCAGCAUAUCAAUCAUCUAUUGGUGGCGAGGCAACAAAUCUUAAUCUUACAAAUGUUGGCACAAUUUCGGGUGGUGAUGCAGCUUUAUUUGGUGCUUCGUCUGCAUCGCAAUCAUCGAGUGUUGUUCAUCAAUAUGAAACUGAUGCUCAAGGAAAUUUCAAAGAUUCAAAUCCACAAGUUAUACGACGUCCAGCACAAAAUGGACCAAUAAAUUAUUCACAAAAUAUUAAAGUUCGAUUUUUUCAACCACCAGCUCCUCCACCACCAGGCCCAUUGAUCAUCAAAGAAGUUCGUCCACCUCAACCACCGGCACCGGCACCACUUCGUAUUCGUCAACAAGCUCCACCCCUACCUCAACAACCACCCAUGAUUCUACGUGAGCGACCACCACUCAAACCAGCGUCUGUUGCAUCACAAACUGUUGUUCGAAAUUUACCUCCAAUUCCACUUCCACCACGAUCAGUUGUUAUCGAACGCAUACCUCCUGCACCACCAAAACCACGUGAUAUUAUCAUUGAACGUUGGCUUCCAUAUGGGCCAAUGGCUCAAAGAAAAACGAUUGUUCAGCGUGCUGAAGCCGCUAAAGCAUAUCAAAAACCACGCAAUAUUAUCCUUCAAUACGAGUCACCACAAGUACGUGUGAUUCGACAAUUUCAACGUUUUGGUGUUACACUCGAAAAUCCUGAAGAAUACAUUCGGCGUUAUGGUGCAACACUUUUCGAUACUCCUUCAUUACUUCAACAAGUACGUGCAGCCGGUGUUGUUGAAGAUAUAUCGGUACCAGCUGUAGCAAAUGCAAGUGCUGUCAGUACAUCUGGAUUUUCGUCUUCGUCAUCGGCAGGUGGUCAAAUUCUUGAUACUACUACUCUCAAUGGACUUGAACUAGGCGGUGUUACUGGUGGUGGUGGUAGUGGUGGUGGUAGUAGCGCGUCAUUCUAUGAAACAUCCUAUUCCGGCGGUGGUAAUGUCUCUGGAACAGACCGUGGUCUUGUUGGCAUAAAUAACCUUUUUAAAGCGGUUGAUACUAAUAACGACGGUGUUUUAUCUCCGCUUGAAUUUCACAAUGCUGGUUUUUAA